GACAACAAACAAACGGGAGGGGAAUGUUAAACUAAAGUUAAACUAAAGGUAAUGUUAUCACGGAAUAAAGUGACAUGUCGUGGACAAUCGAAAGUGACAUAAAACUGAUUAAUUUAGUUAAGAAAUAUGAUAUGUUUUACAAUCCUAAAAGCAGCGACUACAGAAAUGUAACGUUGAAAAGUGACGUGUGGAAAAGAAUUGGGAGUAUUCUGGACAAAACAGAUGACGACUGCUGCAGAAGGUGGGGCUACGUGAGAGGUCACUACGUUAGAUGGAGAGGAAAACCUGCCCCGAAAAGAUUAAGUGAUGUCAUCAAAAAUGGCUUAAAACGAGCUAAGCUACUUACAUUCUUAGAUGAAUAUCGUGGGAAAUAUUAUACCAAUGACAGUAGUACUGAUCAGAGCGUCACCGAGCCUCCGUCAAGCGAAGUCAGCUAUGAAAAUUAUGAUGACCUUGAUGAUGACGAAGACGAUAUUGUUGAAGUCAAAUCCGAAAACCAUGACAUUGUCGACGUAGAAGAUGACAAUUUUUAUAAAGAAACAGAAGAAAGGGAAAACGCUGAGCCGAAAGCGAGUACAGAAAGCCCGAAUAAAGAUACUAAUUUGGACAGUUUUGAUGAGACGGACCAUUUUUUUGCGUCAAUGGCGAAAAUUGCGAAGAAACUACCCAGACGUGAUCAAGUUAUGUUGCGAAUGCAAAUAGCUACGAUGGUUGGGAACGCAGAGUUGAAGCAAAUGGAAUACAAGUGAAUGUGCAGUUGCAACGAUGGAGAUGCAACAGUGAUGUAGCUAGACGUGGGUGAAGCGGCCUUUUGGCCACGGGUUUGCACUUAAAAGGGCCCCGCGGGAGCCAACCCUUUUUAUAACUGGGAAUAAACUUCGGAAGAAAAAGGGCUCCUUUCACCUAUUUCAGCUAGCUCACGCUACGCCACUGAGCGACAAGAUGCCGUGUCGUGUUAAUGUCAUUUUUAGGGUUCCGUACCUCAAAAGGUAAAAACGGAACCCUUAUAGGAUCACUCGUGCGUCUGUCUGUCUGUCCGUCUGUUACAGCCUAUUUUCUCCGAAAAUACUGGACCAAUUAAGUUCAAAUUUGGUACACAUAUGUAAGUUUGUGACCCAAAGAUGGACAUGUAACGUAAACAAAUUAAUUGUAAACACGGGGGCCACUUUUGGGGGUAAAUGAGAAAAUUUAAAAAUAAAGUUUGUCUAACUAUAUCGUGUUACAUAUCAAAUGAAAGAGUUCAUUGUGAGAAUCUCAAAUUUUUUUUUUAUAAUUUUAAGAUAAAUAGUUUAGAAGUUAUUCAAGAAAAUAUACAAAAAAUGACCAUCCCCCCCCCCCUUUAUCUCCGGUACUGGGUCAAAAAUUUUGAAAAAAAUACACAAAAUAGAUCUUUACCUAUAGAUCACAGGAAAACCUAUUAGAAAUGUGCAGUCAAGCGUGAGUCGGACUUAAUUACUUAGUUUUUGAUCCGACCCCUACGGGUUUUUUAAAGAAAUUUUACUCACGUUUCACAUAAAAAAUACAUUGUGUAAACUGUGUAAUGUACGGAACCCUUGGAACGCGAGUUCGACUCGCACUUGGCCGGUUUUUCAUAUUUUUUUCCUUGUCCAAUAUUAGAAUAUAUAGAAUAUAAGUGUUUUAUGAAUGUUACAUGAACCUAGGUUGUCGAUAUUCGACAUUGAUUGAAGAACCGAUGCUUGCUGUAGCACAUAGUGUAAUGACACUAAUGAGUGGUGGCCAAGAAUGGCAGGACGCAGUCAAAAAAUUACUCAAUGAUCUGGUCAAGAGUGCAGAAAAGACAACCGUUGGAUGAAGGUAGCGUACGACCAAUCGUUGUCGAAAUCCUACUGGAGGCCUAAGAGUAGGGAGGUUUUACGGUAGUGAACGUCUUUUGGGUGAUAUAAUGAUGAUGAACUCGCAAUAAAUCGGCUUGGCACCCGCCUGUACAUCCUGGACAUCGGUUUCAACUAACCCACAGGCGUUUAAAUCUUUGGCGAUGACAUUACGCCACCGCUGCCUUGGAUUGCUACUCCUGUUUGGGCCUGGCUCUGUAGGGCAGGGAAAUGUGCUUUAUUAUUUAUUAUUUAACGACGCUGUAAGCGUUUAUUGAACAUAUUUAAAAGCUAACAAUUGGUAUAUAGGUACCUAUCCUAGCAUAAAUCUCCGCCUGGUAAUGUACAAACGUGUUGAAAUAAAAAG